GUUGAGUCCCCCAGCUGUCACUUCUCCUCUGACCCUGCGGUGCUCGUCCGUCGGUCUCUGCCGCCGACAUGGGUCUGAUCACAGGCGUCUGUGCCUUCUUGUUCCACUUACCUCAGAUCUACAAAUGGCUGCUGAAGCCCUACUACAUCACGUCGAUCUUCAUGACCGUCGCCUUCCCGCUGCUCCGAAAGGCGCCCGGUGUGUGCGAGCACCUGGCGACCCAGCGGGAGGACGGCAACUCCUGCGACUUCGACUGGAGAGAGCUGGAGAUUCUGAUGUUUCUCAGUGCGAUAGUGAUGAUGAAGAACAGGAGAGCCAUCACACUGGAGCAGCACGUGGGCAACUUGUUCCUGUUCAGCAAAGUAGCCAACGUCAUCCUCUUCUUUAGGCUGGACGUCCGGCUCGGCAUCCUCUACCUCGCUCUGUGCGUCGCAUUCGUCAUGACCUGUAAGCCACCUCUCUACAUGGGCCCAGAGUACAUCAAGUACUUCAGUGACAAGACCAUAGAUGAGGAGCUGCAGCGGGACAGUCGAGUCACCUGGAUUGUUGAAUUCUAUGCCAACUGGUCCUCCGACUGCCAGUCCUUCGCUCCCGUCUUCGCUGACCUUUCUCUCAAGUACAACUGUGCUGGCAUCAGGUUUGGGAAGGUGGACAUCGGACGUUACGGAGAGGUCUCACAGAGGUACAGGGUCAGUACUUCCCCUCUGGCCAAGCAGCUGCCCUCACUGCUGCUUUUUCAAGGCGGGAGGGAAAUAAUGAGACGUCCAAUGGUGGACAGCAAAGGGAGAGCUGUAUCUUGGACCUUCAAUGAGGAGAACAUCAUCCGAGAGUUUAACCUCAACGAGCUCUUCCAGAAAUCCAAGAAGCUGAACAAAGGCUCGAAGGGAGAGGAGCAGAAAAACUCCCAGCUGGAGGAGGACAGCAAUGAGCUCCACCAAGACGACAACACUCCAGAGCAGCCCACAGAGAGCAAGAAAGACCAGUGAGGUGAAGAGGACGAAUCAGAAAGGGGCUGCAGGAAGUCCCUCCUCUUCUUCCAACAUUGCCAUGCCUUGCAUUGCUGCUCAAGUCCAGAAUAUUAUGAAACGGAGAGAUGAAGAAAUGGUUCAACCACAUCUAGAUGUCAUCACUGUGGUAAAUAACCACCAUGAAAAGCUGGGUAUGCUGGGUAUGAUGCAUAUGAUGCAGUGUGGUUUGAAUGCAGUCGUGCAAAAGAUCAAGCAAAUAUUUUAGGGUGUUUUUUAAAUUUAUUUGACAACGAAUGCCUUUUUUGUAAAGAUUGGUUUUUUUGGAUAGUGUCAGCAACUUCUUACCUCUGCGUGUAAACCUGCGCUGCCUGUAUUUCUGAACUUGUUUAACCGAUAUAACAGAAGCCAAAGUGAAAACUGCGAGGUGAAACAAAUAAGUGACUGCACAGUUAAGAUUCAUGAGCAUUCAGUUUUUCAUCAGAUUGACCUUUUUAUUCUGAAAAAAGUUUUUUUUUUUUUUUUUUAGAAAUUCUUGAUUAAGGCCUUUUUGGAAAUGUCUUUAAUGUACUCGUUACAGAUAUUUGUGAAACUUGUUGCAUUCAUCACAGCCCACAAUGGCGAUAUUUUAUCUCACGUAGAAGUAUACUAUUCUCACAAGUGUUCAAUGGUCACCAUCCUUGGCCAAGAAGGAAUAAAGUAACACUGGUUCUCUA